AGUGCAGCACUCGCAGUCACAGCGCUAAACAACGAUAUUCGGGUACCUGCCCACUCCUUUAGCCCGGCCUAGCCAGGGUAACAAUGCAAACAGUUUAUUUUUUAAUCAUUUUUUUAAAAAAAUUGUGUGCUGCCGCGCGGGAAUUCACGUCGCUCGCUCGUCUCGAUAAGUGUUUUCAAGAGUUUGUCUGUGUGUGUAAGUGUUUGAGAGAACUGCAAACACGUAGCGAAAACGGAACGAAAAAACGUAAGCUACAUUACCAAUCGGGUGCACUUUCACAUUGUGUUGUCCAGCCGAUCGGCUGCGACGACUUCGCCAGCGCCAGCGCCAACGUCAGCGCUAACGUCAGCGUCAGCAUCGGCUUUUCUUUGUGAGCGACGCGACGGGCGCCUUAUUGCUGCCUGCUCCUGCCUUUGAUUUUUAUUGUGUCACGCGCUCGCCGAAAAAAAAAAGAAUCCAAAAAAAAAUAUAUAAAUAAAACAAAACUACGACACGUGUCUCAAGUGAAAGUCCAUUUUACAACAUUUAAUAAAGAUGUCUCGGAUGCAUAUUGUCUGCCGACAGCUGCCCAAAAUUGCUAACAAUCCGACGUAAAAGAUAGCUUCCGAUCCGCCGGAAUCCUCUAGCGAGUCGAGCAACGAACGCACAAUGAAUUUCACACCGUUUGGCAACACGUUUCCGGGCCUGUCGCAAUUUACGACGACGACGUCGUCGCAGCUGGUGUCGACGGUAACUGCCGCUGUGGCCGUUGGCGAUGCCGAUGUGACUGCGGCCAACAACAACCCACAGCAACAGCAGCAGCAGCAACAGGAGCCUGGUGGCAGCGGCAACCGCUAUCAGCAGCAACACCAGCAGCAGCAGCAGCAGCAGCAGGUGACAGCAGGGGUGUCCAUGGCGCACUUUAGUCAGCCGAGCAGCAGCGCUGCCGCAGCCGCCGGCAGCAAAUUCCGCAGCGGGCAGGAAGAGGCACUGCAAGGUGACAAAUAUAAUGGGCAUCUGGUGACCACUGCCGCACAGCAGCAGCAACAACAACAGCAGCAACAGCAGCAGCAGCAGCCGCAAUAUGCGACCGUCUAUACGGCAAGUGCCACGACGAGUGCAGUGGAUGCCAUGCAGGCGAGCAGCUCCGGACAGCAGCAGCUGCAGCAGCAACAAGUGGUGGCACCACAAGAGCUAACACAGGAUCUAUGCAAUGCCAUAUUGCAGCAACAAGUGCUACAGAAUACCUCGUGGCAAACGAUCACGCCCGGCACGACCGUCGCUGACUACCUCUCGCAUCUUCCAGCCAAUACGUUGCCACUCUCGCUGCACCACUUUCUCAAGUACUCCGCCGAGACAAUCAAAAAGGAGAAUCAACAGAAUGUGGUGCUGCAGGUGCAGACGGGACCAGGCGCCGCCAUUGGCAUCAAUACCAUUGGCACGACGACAACCAUUAGCAUACCUCAGGAGCAGCAGCCACUGCAUCAGCAACAACAGCAACAGCAACAGCUGCCGCAACAACAGCAGCAGCAACAGCAGCAGGCAACACUGCAGCUGCAGACACAAAGCGUGGUGGCAAGCAGCUCGACAUCUGUCAGUGGCACCAAGAAGAAGAAGCGCAAAAAGCGCUCCAAGGACCGCAAGCCUAAGCUGCGUCCCGGCGAAAUCCGAAUGGGCACAGCGUUGGAUGGUAGCCCGCUCUACAUGUGCCCCGAAUGCCAUGUAGCGUAUCCGGAGCCGGAGCUGCUCGAGGUGCACCUGGUGGGGCACAAUCUGGAGCGACGCUAUGUGUGCGACAUCUGUCAGGCAUCGCUGAAGCGCAAGGAUCACCUGACACGGCACAAGCAAUCGCAUAAUCCCGAGCGGCCGUACAUCUGCACAGUCUGCCUGAAGGCGUUCAAGCGCAAGGAGCAGCUGAGCCUGCACUUUGUGAUUCAUUCGGGCGAGAAACGGCAUCAGUGCCAGGAGUGCGGCAAAGGCUUCUACCGCAAGGAUCAUCUGCGCAAGCACACCCGCUCCCACAUAGCCAGGCGUGUCAAGGCCGAGCUGAAUAGCCAUGUGCGCCGAGAGAACGGCACCAGCAUGUUGCAGCCGGUGGUGACAGCGGCGACAACGGCCGCCGUGCAGCAUGCCAAUCAGCAACAAUUGCAGCUCCAACAACAACAGCAGCAGCAGCAGCAACAACAACAACAGCAGCAGCAGCAACAACAGCAGCAACAGCAACAACAGCAGCAGCAGCAACAACAGCAACAUCACAUAGUCGUCAGCCAGCAGCAGCAGCAACAACAACAGCAGCAACAGCAACAGACAACCGCCCAGCAGCAGCAGCAACAGCAGCAAAUGUUAAAUUAGCCAAAUGAUUUUUGUAAAGUCAGUUAAAUCAAAAUUCAAAAUCCAUGCCACACAUUUGAUGCCGCUUGCGGCAGCAACAGCAACUGUUGCCGCACGCACAAAAUUCAAGUUCAAGGAAACAUAACUCUCUCGGUCCACGCAAUUUAAUUGACUCACACAAAUCGGAUAUACGAAUAUCGUCGAGGAUAUUCAGCAAAUGCAAUAGCUAAAAUUGUAAAGUCGUCUCUCUGGGGGCACUUUCCAACACUGUACAAUUAUUCCUAGGCAAACAAAGUGACACACAAAGCUAGUCCUAAUAUACUAUAUAGUGCUAUAAAACUGGGACCAUAAACUUAAUCAAUUAUGUCUGAUUUAAGCUAAAAAAUAUGCAGAACUAUAGUAAAUCGAUCGUAAAUUAA